AUGGCUGGCGCUGCACGAGCCCUCGGUUUCAUGUACCGCAUGGCGGUCCCCGCCUCAGCUGCUGUCUUCCUAGGCAGCCAGGCUCUAUACGACGUCAAGGGAGGAACCCGGGCUGUUAUCUUUGACAGACUAUCUGGUGUUAAGGAGGAUGUCAUCAACGAGGGAACCCAUUUCCUCAUUCCUUGGCUGCAGAAGAGCAUCAUCUUCGAUGUGCGCACCAAGCCCAGGAAUAUCGCAACUACCACUGGUAGUAAGGAUUUGCAGAUGGUCAGCUUAACACUGAGAGUGUUGCACCGACCUAAUGUCAAGGCCCUUCCCAAGAUCUACCAGAACCUCGGUGCCGAUUACGAUGAGCGAGUCCUCCCCUCCAUUGGUAACGAAGUCCUAAAGGCGAUUGUCGCCCAGUUCGACGCUGCAGAGCUCAUCACCCAGAGAGAGGCUGUAUCCGAGCGCAUCCGCAACGACCUUACCCUCCGUGCCGCCGAGUUCAACAUCGCCCUCGAGGAUGUCUCCAUCACCCACAUGACCUUUGGCCGUGAAUUCACAAAGGCCGUUGAGCAGAAGCAGAUUGCCCAGCAGGAUGCUGAGCGAGCACGAUUCAUCGUCGAGCGUGCUGAGCAGGAGCGUCAAGCCAACGUUAUCCGUGCCGAGGGUGAGUCCGAGUCCGCCGAGGCCAUCAGCAAGGCCAUCCAGAAGGCUGGCGAUGGCCUCAUCCAGAUCCGAAAGAUCGAGGCCAGUCGCGAAAUUGCCGCCACUCUCUCAUCAAACCCCAAUGUGGCCUACCUACCUGGUGGAAGCGGAAAGCAGGGUGGCCAGUACCUGCUGUCAGUUGGCAGAGCUUAA